AGGACGAACACCGAACAGAGAGUGACGAAUUCCUGUGAGUAUGUUCUGUUACUCAUCCACCCGGAGUGACGAACAAGGUACAGACACAGACACAGGCACUGCACUGCACUGCACUGCAGCAAUCACGAACAGACCAACAGACACACUAUGUAUACACAAUCCUUUCUCCCUCGCUGUUGUCUGUCAGAUCGCCGCCUACAUCUUAUAUCUGAAGACCCUUUCUUGCCCAGCAAUGUCCAUCGUUGGCCCCCCGCCGGCCAGGUGAGAGUGAGACAUGAUACUGAUUCCAUGAAUGUCUCAUCUGCUGGUCGGUGGUGUUUGCUCAGCUUCCUGUCCGGUGUCAACAUCCUCCCGCAGCAGGUCAAUCAAAUGGAGGCGAGGAGAACACAACAGAGAGCCAUGUAUGCAUUCGUGUUGGUGCUCGAAUGCUUCAUUCAGUCAAAGGAGGGCCGGCUUUCGAAGACAACGAUGAAAGGGGAGGGAGGUCAGGAGGGAGGGAGGGAGGGAGGGAGGGAAACGCGCAUGAGUGCAGUGCAAAGUGUGUGUGUGUGUGUGUGCAGGAGUCUGCGUGUGACGGCAUCGCUAAACUCGCUCAGGGCAAGACGAAUACACAGACACAAAAGACGGAAACGCACACGUGUGUGUGGCUGCUGUGGUCAGGUCGUUCAACUCGAAGUGCGUUGAGUGGAGUUGGAGAGAGACGGACAGACGGACAGACGGAAGUGAACUGACUAACUGACUACUCACUGACUGACUGAAAGAC